UUUCAAUUUUAGUGAACGUUUUCUGAGUCCACUAUUUGCAUUCGAUUUGCAUAAAUUAUCUCCGCGAUGCAACGUUAAACCGAGGCUGACCUGACGUGCCAGAGUGGGCGCGGCGUCAUGGCUGGUAAGACAGUGGGAGUACUGGUGGAGUUCAACUAUGAAGAUUUGGAGGUGUGGUACCCCCUGCUGAGGUUCCAGGAGGAGGGCUUCAGGACGAUUGCUAUAGGACCUGAGAAGCUCAAGAGCUACACGUCCAAGCAUGGCUACCCCUGCAAGUCAGACACCAGUAUAGAUGCUGUUACUGUUGCGGACCUUGCUGCUUUAGUCAUCCCUGGUGGCUGGGCUCCUGACUACUGGAGGAGGGACCCACGAUUUGUGGACCUUGUCAAAGACAUGUUUAAUGCAGGUAAACCUGUUGCAGCCAUCUGCCAUGGCGCCUGGAUGUUCUGUUCUGCACGGAUCAUCAAAGACAGGAAACUCACCUGUUUUCACGCCAUCAAGGAUGACGUCAUUAAUGCUGGAGGAUUGUACGAGGAUAGUGCUGUGGUUGUGGAUGGCAAUUUGAUCACGUCCCGAGUUCCAGGAGAUCUGCCACAGUUCUGCAAGGCGAUCCUCCAACAGCUGCAGGCCCAGUAAACAGCUGCUGUUGGUCCAGUACACAGCUGUUGCUGACCCAGUACACAGCUGCUAUUGUGCCCAGUAAAUAGCUGUUGCUGACCCAGUAAACAGCUGCUGCUGACCCAGUAAACAGCUGCUGCUGACCCAGUACACAGCUGUUGCUGAUCAAGUACACAGUUGCUGCUGACCCAGUACACAGUUGCUGCUGACCCAGUAAACAGCUGUUGCUAGCCCAGUAAACAGCUGUUGCUAGCCCAGUAAACAGCUGUUGCUGGCCCAGUAAACAGCUGCUGCUGGCCCAGUAAACAGCUGUUGCUGGCCCAGUAAACAGCUGUUGCUGGCCCAGUAAACAGCUGUUGCUGGCCCAGUGAACAGCUGCUGCAGACCCAUCUGAUGAUGGGCCAUUGUUCGUUGUGAUGCAGAAAAAAAGAUGGAGUGCUUUUCAACCGCUGAUAAAGUAUUACAAAAUAUCUCUUCUCCCUUAGAAAGAGCUCAUGAUAAUGGUACAUUACAAUUGUUCAUAGUCUUUAUGUUUUUCUGUCGUUUCUAGUAGCAUUUAAUUAUAUGCCAAUAAUGUUGGUUCUGCUGUUUAGGAUACACAUUCAGUUUUCUGUCGUCAAUCAUCAAUGGCCGUCAAUACUCAUAUGCAUGGGUGGUGCCUGAGAUUUUAAAAUGACCACAUGUACAGCUAUACAAACUAGCUCACUCGAGAAGUCCUCGACCUAUCUAUGCGGAGGUUUGAGAGUUGGAAAGCUUGGGGGGAAAUCUUUUUCAUUUUUUUUCUUUUAAAAAACGACCUUUUGCCUUGCCACCAGAACAUGGAAACCGCUUCUUGGCCCCAGGCUUUGUGUUGAGUAUGACAAUGGGUAUCACGAUGACAAAAUCAUUACACGGUGUAACCACUAAUGAACUAUUACAAAAUAGCAAUGUCCAUUAGAAAAAGCUUCUUACAUUACAACUGCUUUUUAAAAUAGAGUAUUCUACUAGUAA